AAUAUAAUAUUCUCACCUGUGUCUGUUCUUGCAUGUUCAGUUGACAUUGUCCUUAUGCACUCUGUUUCUUCUUUAUUUCCUCGUAUCUACAGCCGUCCAGUUAUUCCUUAACUUAGCAUUUCUUCCAUAUGUGAAUUAAAAUAGGGUCAAAAAGACUCGUAUUCCACACGACCUUAACACAUAUAAACACUGGAUUUUACUACCAUGCUAUAGUAUAAAUCUCUGCUUACAAUCAGUUCUUUCUUUUCAUACCCAAAACAGCUUUGUUUCUUGAUAGCAACAACAACAAUUAAACAUAAACUACCUGUGCUUUUUGUAUCAUAAAUGGCAAGCGGAGGCGAAUUCCAACUAAUAUUUCGCCAUUUCGACAAAAAUGGCGACGGGAAGAUUUCGCCGUCGGAAUUAAGUGAUCAUGUGAGCUUGAUAGGAGGGAAGUCGUUCGCCAAAGAGGCGGAAAUGGCGGUAGAGUUACUCGACUCGGACGGUGACGGAUUGUUGGAAUUGGAGGAUCUUGUGAGGCUAAUGGAAGGUGGAGGUGAAGAAGAGAAGCUGCGAGAUUUGAAAGAAGCUUUUGCAAUGUAUGAUGUAGAUAAUUGUGGGUAUAUCACUCCAUUGAGCUUGAAAAAGAUGCUUCAAAGACUUGGUGAGUCAAAAUCUGUUGCUGAAUGUGAGGUGAUGAUAAGUCAGUUUGACCUUGAUGGUGAUGGUGUUCUUAGCUUUCAAGAAUUUAAGAUUAUGAUGCACUAAUCCCUAAUUUCUAUCUUUAUGCAUGCACUCAUUUUUCAUGUAUGAAAUCUGACAAACAGAUCUCUCUCUCUCCUUUUCCUAUGUAAUCAAGAUUUUUUAGUUGAAUCUGAGAAAUACUUUCAUCAA